AUGUUGGACGCAUUCGAGAUCAUCACAACCUCUGGCGUUGUCCUCUGGUCAAGGUCAUACACCCAAGUCAGCUCGUCCCUCAUCAACAGCUUCAUCUCCGACGUCUUCAUCGAGGAAAAGGGUGCCAAUGCCGCCACACGUGAUGACCAGUCGGCAGCGACAAACCCUCCCUACAAGACCGACCAGCACACUCUCAAGUACACUUUUGUGAAGGAGCUGGGUGUCAUCUUCGUGGCCGUCUACCGAUCACUCCUGCACCUGUCGUGGAUUGACAAGCUCGUCGACAACAUCAAGACCCUUUUCGUCAACCUCUAUGGCGAGCAGCUCAAGAAACCCGGCACGUCCAUCGUCGACUGCGACAAGUUCGACAACUACUUUGACCAGCAGAUCAAGGAGCUCGAGGGCACCACUGCAAAGGCCGACGCCGGGCCCUCCAGGGUGCAAACGAGGUCUCAUCGGCCGCCUCGACCCCGGGCGCGACACCGACAGUGUCGCGCCCCUCGACCCCCGGCGGAAGCAACCUCGUCGUGGGCAAGGCCGGCCCCGGCGGCAAGAUGUCGCGCGCGCGCGCAAGGUGCAAACGCUGCCAGCUCGGCGCCCGUGUCCUCUGGCGACGAGGCCUCGAGGCCGCGCCUGAAGACGAACAAGUCGGCCAAAAAGGGCAGAAAGUGGGACGACGACGGCAUGGCGGACGAGGACGACGGCGUGCAGCUCGAUUACUCCACCGCGGCCAAGGCGAUCGCGAGCGACUCGGACGCCGAGCCGGCGACGGCGCGCUCCACGGCGGUCGAGCAAAUCGAAUCGUCCACGUGGGGCUCCACCACGUCCAAGGGACAAUUCGUGCUCAAGGACUUGGACGACGAGGUACACAGCAUCUUGGCCUCGGCGCAAUCAAAGGCCAACGCCGAGAAGGCGACGGCUCCCGCCAACGGGCUUCUCGGGUCGAGCCUCAACACCAUCACGGGCCUGUUUCGGAAUGUGGUUGGCGGCAAGACGCUCACCCAGGACGACCUGAACAAGGCCAUGAAGGGCAUGGAGGAGCAUCUCCUGAAGAAGAACGUGGCGCGAGAAGCCGCCGUCAGGCUGUGCGAGGGCGUCGAGAAGGAGCUACUCGGCGUCAAGACGGGCAACUUUGAGAGCAUCAACACGAGGAUUCAGUCGGCCAUGGAAGCGUCGCUCACCAAGAUGCUGACGCCCACCAGCUCCCUCGACCUCCUCCGCGAGAUUGACGCCAUCACGCGGCCCAGCGCCGUCUCGCUGCGCUCGGCGCGGCCCUACGUCAUGUCCAUCGUCGGCGUCAACGGCGUCGGCAAGUCGACCAACCUUUCCAAGAUUUGCUUCUUCCUGCUGCAGAAUAAGUACCGCGUCCUCAUCGCGGCCGGCGACACGUUCCGCUCGGGUGCCGUCGAGCAGCUGGCCGUGCACGUCCGCAACCUCACGGAGCUCACGGCACGCGAGGGCGGCAAGGUCGAGCUCUACCAAAAGGGCUACGGCAAGGACGCCGCCCAGGUGGCCCGCGACGCCGUCGCCCACGCCGCGGCCGAGGGCUUCGACGUCGUCCUCAUCGACACGGCUGGCCGCCGCCACAACGACCAGCGUCUCAUGAGCUCGCUCGAAAAGUUUGCCAACUUUGCCAAGCCCGACAAGAUCCUCAUGGUCGGCGAGCCCUCGUUGGCACCGACUCGGUCGCCCAGGCCCGCAACUUCAACGCCCCCUUUUGGCGCCGCCCGCGGCCUCGACGGCUUCAUCAUCUCAAAGUGCGACACGGUCGGCACCAUGGUCGGCACCCUCGUCUCUCUCGUCCACGCCACCAACGUCCCCGUCCUCUUUGUCGGCGUCGGCCAGCACUACUCGGACCUGCGCAACUUUAGCGUCAAGUGGGCCGUGGAGAAGCUGCUGAGCAGCUCCUAG